CCUUCGGAAAUAGAAACAAAGUUGGUCACAAAUCACAUUGGCUUUGCCCGAAGUUUUCCCCCCACUCUUUUUUAGCAUGCGACCAUGGGGGAAGUGAGCACUCUGGUCGGCGUGGGAGGUCGGUGUGGUUGGGUGGCGAGGACGAGGCUGUAACUGCUCGGUGACCAUGGUACCUGUUGAAAACACAGAGGGCCCCAAUCUGUUGAAGCUGAAGGGGAGCACGACGGAGACCCAGGGCAGCUGCGGAGCCAGCGGCGACCGGCGUCCUCCCUGGGCCAGAGGUUGUGGCAUGUUCACUUUCCUGUCGUCUGUCACUGCUGCUGUCAGUGGCCUCCUGGUAGGUUAUGAACUUGGGCUCAUUUCCGGGGCUCUUCUUCAGAUCAGAACCUUACUAGCCCUGAGCUGCCAUGAGCAGGAAAUGGUGGUGAGCUCCCUCCUCAUGGGAGCCUUACUCGCCUCUCUCACAGGAGGGGUCCUGAUAGACAAGUAUGGAAGAAGGACGGCCAUCAUCUUGUCAUCCUGCCUACUCGGACUUGGAAGCUUAGUCUUGAUACUCAGUUUAUCUUACACGGCUCUUAUAGUGGGACGCAUUGCUAUCGGGGUAUCCAUUUCCCUGUCUUCCAUUGCUACGUGUGUUUACAUUGCAGAGAUUGCUCCUCAGCACAGAAGAGGUCUUCUUGUGUCACUGAAUGAGCUGAUGAUCGUCAUCGGCAUCCUUUUUGCCUAUAUUUCAAAUUAUGCAUUUGCCAAUGUUUCCCAUGGCUGGAAGUACAUGUUCGGUCUUGUCAUUCCUUUGGGAGUUUUGCAGGCAAUUGCCAUGUACUUUCUUCCCCCGAGUCCUCGGUUUCUGGUGAUGAAAGGACAAGAGGAAGCUGCUAGCAAGGUUCUGGGAAGGUUGAGAGCAAUCUCAGACACAACUGAGGAGCUCACUGUGAUAAAGUCUUCCCUAAAGGAAGAAUAUCAGUAUAGUUUUUGGGAUCUGUUUCGUUCAAAGGACAACAUGAGGACCCGCAUUAUGAUAGGCCUAACUUUGGUAUUUUUUGUACAAAUCACUGGCCAGCCAAACAUAUUAUUCUAUGCAUCAACUGUUUUGAAGUCUGUUGGUUUUCAAAGCAAUGAGGCAGCUAGCCUUGCCUCCACUGGAGUUGGGGUAGUCAAGGUCAUCAGCACCAUCCCGGCUACUCUUCUAGUAGACCAUGUUGGCAGCAAAACCUUCCUCUGCAUUGGCUCCUCUGUGAUGGCAGCUUCCUUGUUGACCAUGGGCAUUGUGAAUCUCAACAUCCACAUGAACUUUGCCAACAUCUGCAGGAGCCAUAGUCCUGUCAACCAGUCCUUGGCUGAAUCUGCAUUCUUGGGGCCAAGAAACCUGUCAGCCAGCAACACAACUCUGAGAGAACACUUCAAAGGGAUCACUUCCCACAGCAGAAAUUCACUCAUGCCUGUGGGAAAUGAUAUGGAUCGCAAAGGAGAGAUGACCUCCGCCUCCUUCUUAAAUGCUGGAGUAAGCCAAAGGGAAUACCAGAUAGUCACAGACCCAGCAGAAGUCCCAGCUUUUUUGAAGUGGCUGUCUUUAGCCAGCUUGCUUGUUUUUGUUGCUGCUUUCUCGAUUGGUCUAGGACCAAUGCCCUGGCUGGUGCUCAGUGAGAUUUUUCCUGCUGGGAUUCGAGGACGCGCCAUGGCUUUAACUUCUAGCAUGAACUGGGGUAUCAAUCUCCUCAUCUCGCUGACGUUUUUGACUGUGACCGACCUCAUUGGCCUGUCGUGGGUGUGCUUUAUAUAUACAAUCAUGAGUCUAGCGUCUCUGGCCUUCAUUGUUGUGUUUAUACCUGAGACGAAGGGAUGUUCUUUGGAACAAAUAUCAAUGGAGCUAGCAAAAGCGAACUAUGUGAAAAACAACAUUUGCUUUAUGAGUCAUCACAAAGAAGAAUUAGUGCCAACACAGCUUCAAAAAAGAAAACCCCAAGAGCAACUUUUGGAGUGUAAAAAGUUGUGUGGUAGGGGACAACUACGGCAGCUUACUCCAGAGACCUAGUGGCCUCAAACUCUGAUAUGGCAUAAGAACAUUAGUAGGGUGUCUUUGUACCCACGGCUACUUGCCACUGGCAUGUUGUACCUUCAGUGUCGUGGAGCUGGUUUUAAAUGGGUAUCUUGAAACUGUAAAGUCAGUCCCUUCUUCUCCCAAAAGAACCUCAAAAAGUAGAUAAGGUACAAGGUCCUGAGCAAUCUAUUUUUUUAUUCUGAGCAGAUUAUCAGAUUAAAAAGAAAAAAACCAUAAGAUAUGGUUUGUUCAACACUUUGCACACCUUUUUACAAAAUAGCCACCAUAAAACUGAGUCUUAGCGAUAAGACCAACCUUUGCCUUAAGCUAUAUGUAUACAAGACCAGUAGCAGCUUUACAAUUCAGUCUCACAAGUGGCCUGGACACAAGCUCACAGUUUUUGCCUUCUAAGAUACCAUUUGCACUGGGUCUUGUGUACAAUAGAACCAGACACACUAUGUGAACAACUGCACAAACGUUCUGGAUUAGGAUAGGGUCCUGGCUAGGAUUGUAGUGGUAAUUCCUAGCGACAGUACAAGUUUAAAGAUUACACAGCUUCUUUUACAAAUUAUGAACUACAAUUUAAUGCAACAUAGACUACUUUUCUGAAGUUUAUAUUAGUAUUGUAGAGUAUUUUAAGAAAAUUCUGUACUAGUUGAGAAAUGUAAGCAGUUUUCUAUUUUUUUUAGUUUGCUUAAUGAAUAGAAAGGACAAUUAAAAAAAUUCUGGGACCACAUUUAUUUAGAAGUAGCUGUUAUUAAAACAUCAGAAAAGGAAUCAGGACAUUAGGUUAUUUAUCCAAAUCUCUCAGCAAUUACGUUUAUGGUAUUAAGUCAAGCCUAUGAAUAUUCUCUCCUUGUAAGGCUUUCACAGUAACUUAUAGCAAUCCAUAGUCUCCCACAAUCCUUCGCACUCCUCAGGAAUAGCACUACCUCGGGCUAUGGCACACAGGCUAUAAUUGAUGCUGACUUUCAAAUGCCUGCAGACACCAUAUGUGACAUUGAGAUAUCAAGACAAUUCCUUCACUGUUCUCUCUGGAUUGUUCUCUUCUAUAUUUCCCCAGUUGAAUGUUAAGACUUGAUAAGGCAUUUUACCAAUAGAAUUUUGAUGUGAUGUUAGAAAAUCUACAAUAAAGGAUCUUGAACCACUUAAGCAGUAACCCACUAAAUUUCCAGUAUUAUAAGCUACAGAAGGCACACAAAAAACUUAAAGCAUAAACAACCUAACUUGAAAGAAAUUAAAAACUAUGAUUAAUCUAAAGAAAAGGAAAUCCAAACACCCAAACCCUUUUUAUUUAGCUUGAAAUUUCCCUACUGGCCUCUAAGGAAAUGUCCCAGCUUGAAACAGGGUACACGACCCACUACAUUCCUUUAUAACAAAAUGUAAAGACUAUAAACCUAUGUAAACAAUAGUAAAAUUGUAAUAUCAGAGACUCAGGAGAAUGAUUGAUUCCUAGUUCUAAAGUAUAUACCUAACUUAAUUCGGCAUGGGGAAGUUAAAAGAAAAGGAGAUUUGAGGUCUUAAUUCUGUCAUGGUACAUUAUAUAUGCAAGUUAGAGCACUUUUUUGUUUGGUGUGGAAAAAGAAAAGAAUGUGUAUUCUGUAGAGCAUCAAUUAAAAAAUCUGUCAUGAAUAUUCAGUGGAAUUAUACGCAGAGAUUGUUUUUUUUUAAAUCAAGACAGGUUUUUCAAUAAGAACUCUUUUUCUUUGCCAAGCAACACCGAUUGUAAGAUAAUAUUUAAUAAAAUUGUUUUACGUUUCCACUGACAUUCAAACACUACAUAUACUUUAGUUGUUUCUUGGUUUUGCCAUUCAUCGUAAA